UUAUAAAUAAAGAAGUGUUAGCAGGCAGGAUGUCUAUGGAGCAUAAAUGUUACUGUAGAGGUGAUGAGGUCUCCAGCUUGGAACUGAACAGGCCGGAACACCUGAUGCCCAUGAUGAGACCAUUUUCAAUGAGCUUUAACAAGAUGCCUCUCCAGCUGACCAAGCCCGCCCCUCAGUUCAAGACCACCGCGGUCGUCAACGGCGAGUUCAAGGACGUUUCCUUGUCCGACUACAAGGGCAAAUACGUCGUCCUAUUCUUCUAUCCCCUGGAUUUCACUUUCGUGUGCCCUACUGAGAUCAUCGCGUUCUCGGAGCACGCCGAUGACUUCCGUAAAAUUGGGUGCGAAGUGAUCGCCGCCUCCACCGACUCCCACUUCACACACUUGGCCUGGAUCAACACGCCACGCAAGCAAGGGGGGCUUGGACCGAUGAACAUCCCAAUCAUCAGCGACAAGACGCACAGCAUCUCGCGCGACUACGGCGUGUUGAACGAAGAGACCGGCAUCCCGUUCCGCGGGCUCUUCAUCAUCGACGACCGCCAGAACCUGCGCCAGAUCACCGUCAACGACCUGCCCGUCGGACGGUCCGUGGAGGAGACUCUCCGGCUCGUCCAAGCCUUCCAGUUCACGGACAAGCACGGCGAGGUGUGCCCGGCCAACUGGAAGCCAGGCUCGAAGACCAUCAAGCCGGACACCAAGGCUGCGCAGGAGUACUUCGUCGACGCCAACUAAAAUUACCGCCUCUGCCGCUGCACUGCUAAUAAAACCGUUUAGAUGCUCUAUA